CGGGGCUGCGGGCCGGUGGUCCCUCCCAGGCCGCGUGUGCGGUGCGUACGCGCAGCCCGCUCCCUGCCCCCACCUCACCUCGUCACCUCCCAGCCUUCUCAGCAGGCCCCCUGAGGUGCGCGGCGCAGGCGCGGAGCUAGGCGGCCAGGGCAGUGCGGCCGCGGAGCCUAGGCCAGGGGCCUGGCGCUCAGGGCCUGGGGCGCGCGGGGAGGGAGAGGGGUCGGCCCAGCACAGCGUCCGGGAGCGCUAGGGCCGGAGCAGCGCUGCCCGCCGCCGUGCGUCCGCGGGAAGGACCGUGCGGCCCCUCCGCCCGCGCUGUCGGCCGCCGCCGCCUCUGUGUGGGCCGGCCAGGCGGGCCUCGGGGGACUGUGAAUUGAGAUGGUUACUCAAGGAAUGAUUGUUUACAUUGUUAGGCAUUUUUUACCAUCUACAGAAACUUACUGUAAUUCAUUUUUCCUCACUCCAGUAGUAAGAAUUAUACCAAAUUGAAAAGAUAUGAAUGAGUAUCCUAAAAAAAGAAAAAGGAAGACUCUACACCCUUCUCGUUAUUCAGAUUCCUCUGGAAUAAGCAGAAUUGCAGAUGGAUUCAAUGGAAUUUUCUCUGACCAUUGUUACAGUGUCUGUUCUAUGAGACAGCCAGAUUUAAAAUAUUUUGACAACAAAGAUGAUGAUUCUGAUAUCGAGACAUCAAACGACUUGCCAAAAUUUGCAGAUGGAAUCAAGGCCAGAAACAGAAAUCAGAACUACCUGGUUCCCAGUCCUGUACUUAGAAUUCUAGACCACACUGCCUUUUCUUCAGAAAAAUCUGCUGAUAUUGAAAUUUGUGAUGAAGAGUGUGACUCACCUGAAUCAGUCAACCAGCAAACCCAAGAGGAGAGUCCUAUAGAAGUUCACACUGCUGAAGAUGUUCCAAUUGCUGUAGAAGUGCAUGCGAUUUCUGAGGAUUAUGAUAUAGAGACAGAAAACAAUUCCUCUGAGAGUCUCCAAGACCAAACUGAUGAAGAACCGCCAGCUAAACUUUGUAAAAUUCUUGACAAGAGCCAAGCUUUGAAUGUGACUGCCCAGCAGAAGUGGCCUUUACUGAGAGCUAAUAGCAGUGGCCUCUAUAAAUGUGAACUUUGUGAGUUUAACAGCAAAUAUUUUUCUGACUUGAAGCAGCAUAUGAUCCUGAAGCAUAAACGUACUGAUUCAAAUGUGUGUCGAGUAUGCAAGGAAAGUUUCUCUACCAAUAUGCUUCUGAUAGAACAUGCCAAACUACAUGAAGAGGAUCCCUACAUUUGUAAAUACUGUGAUUAUAAGACAGUAAUUUUUGAGAACCUCAGCCAGCACAUUGCAGACACCCAUUUCAGUGAUCACCUUUAUUGGUGUGAACAGUGUGAUGUACAGUUCUCCUCAAGCAGUGAACUCUACCUACAUUUCCAGGAGCACAGCUGUGAUGAACAGUAUUUGUGUCAGUUCUGUGAACAUGAAACUAAUGAUCCAGAAGAUUUGCAUAGCCAUGUGGUAAAUGAGCAUGCAUGUAAAUUAAUAGAGUUAAGUGAUAAGUAUAACAAUGGUGAACAUGGACAGUAUAGCCUCUUAAGCAAAAUUACCUUUGACAAAUGUAAAAACUUCUUUGUAUGUCAAGUAUGUGGUUUUCGGAGUAGACUUCAUACAAAUGUCAACAGGCAUGUUGCUAUUGAACAUACAAAAAUUUUUCCUCAUGUUUGUGAUGACUGUGGGAAAGGCUUUUCAAGUAUGCUAGAAUAUUGCAAGCAUUUAAAUUCACAUUUAUCUGAAGGGAUUUAUUUAUGUCAAUAUUGUGAAUACUCAACAGGACAAAUUGAAGAUCUUAAAAUUCAUCUAGAUUUCAAGCAUUCAGCUGACUUGCCUCAUAAAUGUAGUGACUGCUUGAUGAGGUUUGGAAAUGAAAGGGAAUUAAUAAGUCACCUUCCAGUCCAUGAGACAACUUGAUUAUUCUCUUUAACUUACAGAAUGUUAGUUUAAAAUAAUAAAUUCAUCCUUUUUUUGGAGAUGAUUAAAUGGAUGAUUGUAAACACAACUUAUGAAAUUUGCCGUUAACAAGUAACUUUUUUAAAUUAUAAAAUUUUAUUGGCAUUGCUCCAUUUUCAGUAUAUAAAUAUAUCUUUAAUGUGGUAUUUUCAAUUGCGUGAUAGUUUGUAGUUUUAACCACUCUUGGUGACUGUCAUCCUGUUUCUUGCAUGUUCUCUGAUUUCAUGAAUUGAAAAGAAACAAAUGUAUUGAAGAAAUGAGCUACAGUUUUCCUUCCUUAACCAUGGGUGCUAGUAACUUUUUAAAACUCAAGACAAGAUUAGUUUUUUGUGUAUGAAGUCAUUAAAUUAUUACACGACCAGAACUAAAAUGCAAUAUACAAUUGAGUCCACGGAUACUCCCAUUAAUAAGAAGUAACACUAGAAAGCCACUAUUAUCACAGGAAGAAAAGAUUUGAUUUUCAUGCCAGUCUGUUUUUUUAAAAAAAAUUUUUUUGAGCCCCUGUCUAUUGUUGAAUAUUUUAAGAUGGGAUGAGGGAGGAACUAAUAAGGGCUUACACAAUAAAAAAUAACUAUAUCAUAACUCAUUCAUAACUUGAUGUUUCAUUUUCUGUUGAAGAAUCAUAAAUUCAUGCACAGAGUUAAUUAUUUUUUUCUUAGAGACGGUCUCGUUCUGUUGUCCAGGAUGGAGUGCAGUAGUUGAUCAUAGCUCCCGGGCUGUAGUCUCCCAGGCUCAAGCAAUCCUUCCACUUCAGCCUCCUGCAUAGCUAGGACUACAGGCAUGUGGCACCAUGCCCGCUAAGUUUUUAAAUUUCUUGCAGAGAUGAGAUCUCGCUAUGUUGCCCAGGCCAGUCUCAGACUCCUGGACUCAAGCAAUCCUCCCACCUUGGCCUUCCAAAUCACUGGGAUUAUAGGCAUGAGCCGCUAUGCCUGACUCUUGCCCAAAUUUCUGAUGUCAAAUUGUUCGUUGACAGAAAACCCACUGAAGUAUUUAAAGUUAGGAAGAUCUGGGAGAUAGGGGUUGCUGGCAUGAAAAUAUAUAACUUACCUUUGUUUAUUAAUAAAAUGAUAAAUGAGCAUCAAUAUUAGUUCGUAUGGCUGCCAUAACAAAUUACUACAAACUGAGUUGCCUACCUAGCAGAAAUUUGUGGUCUCACAGUUGUGGAGGCCAGACAUUCAAAAUGGAGUUAUUGGCAGUUGGUUCCUUCUGAGGGUUGUGGGGGAAGGAUCUGUUUCAGGUCUGUCCUUGGCUUGUAGAUGGAUAGCCUCAUGUUCACAUGGAUAGCCUCAUGUUCACAUGGUGUUCUCCCUGUGUGCAAGUCUGUCCUCAAAUGUCCUUUUUUUUUCUUUUUUAAUUUUUUGAGACAGAAUUUCACUCUUGUCGCCCAGACUGGAGUACAGUGGCGCAAUCUCAGCUCAUUGCAACCUCUGCCUCCCAGGUUCAAGUGAUUCUCCUGCCUCAGCUUCCCAAGUAGCUGGGGUUACAGGCGCCAGCCACCAUGCCGGGCUAAUUUUGUAUUUUUAGUAGAAACGGGGUUUCACCACGUUGGCCAGGCUGGUCUCAAAUUCCUGACCUCAGGUGAUCCACCUGCCUCAGUCUCCCAAAGUGCUGGGAUUACAGGCAUGAGCCACUGCCCCAGGCCAAAUUUCCUGUUUUUAUAAGGACUCCAGUCAUUGAUUGGAUUAGGGCCCCUCCCAAUGUCCUUUUAACUUGAAGACCUGAUCUCCAAAUAAGGUCAUAUUCUAAGGUGAUGAGGUUUAGGACUUUCAACAUAUGAAUUUGGGAGGGAACACAAUUGAGUAGCAGAGUCUGCAAUAGCAGUAUGAAGAAGAUAGAAUUAUGUGUAUCAUUGCCCUCAAAUUUAACAAGCACUGCUAACUAUUAUUUUUUAGGUUUACUGGUAUAAGUGGAAGAUCAAUUUAUGACCAAUGGUUUUCCCACUUCAGGAAUGUAGUCUGGACAAUGGUGGCUGCAAGUAUUCCUAGAAGGUAUUAUUUUUAUCCCCACUAUUUUGUUGUAUGUGCAUACCUGUGUUCCUAGCAACUCACAUUCCAUCUAAUUAUAACAUUCCUGUUACGGCUGAUACAAAUGUUUCUCAGAAGACUUAAAAUUGUAACAGUUUAAAUUGUAAGAUAACCUUAGAAAGCAUCUGGUCUAAACCCUCCAGUUUUCUAAGUUUCUUGCAGAAAUAGAAACGUAGAUCGCUAUGAGGCCAAGUACAUAUAACCAGUUAUGUCAUAUGCGAGUGGGAUCCAGGUUAUCUGGUUUACUGUCUAGUGAUGUUUCCACUACAUCAUGUUAAAUAAACCUAACUUUUGUCCCUGG